AUGCUUCGAGAAUGUAUCAAGAUUCGUUCCAUUCAUCAGCUCCUUCUUUCUCGUCCGUCCCUAAUCGAGCCUCUUUUCACUCAAUAUGCUUUCGAUCCCAAUUUUGACGUUUGUUCGGAUGUGUUCCAGUCCAUUCGCGAGCUCCUUCGAAAAAACAAACAAAUCGUUAGCAGCGCUUUGAGGCCAUCCAAGCCGCUUUACAACCAGCUUUUUUCUUGGAUCUACGCCCUCUUAGAAUCCGAAAACUACGUCAUCACACGAAUUGUGUUACACUUGCUUGGGGAAUUUCUAAUCGACAAAAGCAACUUUGAGAUCAUGCUGCACUUCAUUAAGUCGGCAGAGAACUUGAAGAUUUUCAUGGUUUUGCUUUGCUCGCAGUACCCUUCGAUCCAAUUCGAUGCAUUCAACGUAUUCAAAGUGAGAUUGCGGAGGGGGUUCGAAGCAGAUAUUCGUCGCGAAUCCGGACAAAUCAGCGGAAUGAGCAAUCGACAAGCUCUUGUAGAGUUUAUCGGCUCCCUGCUUCCCGAAAAAGAAGAGAACGACGACGUGUUUGCAGAGGAAAAGAAACUGGUGAUCAAUGUGCUUCACAAGAUGGACGAUGAGUCGUAA